AUGAAAAAUGGCGUACAUUCAUCAAAUUCAAAUUUUUUUCAACAUAUGGCUAUAUUUACAAUUUAUUUUGGUAUAUGUUUAUUUGGAUUAUUGAUUCGUGAUUAUUAUCGUGUACCAUCAUCAUAUAUUAUACAUGAAAUUCUUAAUAUUUUUGAUGGUUUAUAUAUUCUUAGUGCAUUGAUCUAUUCAAUCAUUACACUAGAAGAGUUUUCUUAUCAAAAUUUUAAAUUAGAUUCAUUCAUUUCUGUUAAUGAUCCAAUCAGAGUAUUAUUUCUUUUUUCUUGUAUAUUAACAAUGCCAAUGUUAUCAGCUCGAUUUACUUGUUUAAUUAUUACUGAUGAUGUUCUUUAUGUAUUUGCAACAUUCCUUCGUACACCUUAG